CGGGGGGUGUCGCGCCGCCGCCAUGGGGUCCCGCCCACCGCUGCCGGCGCAGCGUUACAAGGGCGGCUGGGCUCCUCCUCCUCCUCUCUCCCCCGCCGCCGGCAUGCCGAAGCUUAGCAAGGAGGCCAAGCAGCGGCUACAGCAGCUCUUCAAGGGCGGCCAGUUCGCCAUCCGCUGGGGCUUCAUCCCCGUCGUGCUGUACCUAGGUUUUAAGAGAGGUGCAGAUCCUGGAAUGCCUGAGCCAACUAUCUGGAGUCUACUUUGGGGAUGAAGGAUGUGGCGGUCCUGUUCUAGAACCAGCUGAUGGACAGAGAAAGUGUCUGAAGAUACGUACAUUCCAGAGGAUGAGGCGGACACUUACACCAGGUGGCUCAAUCGGCUUGCUAAUGACGUUAAACGACGACAAUGACAUAGGUUGUACAUACAACAAAAUGGGGUUUAUAUGGACCUAACUUAUUUGCAUUACAGUGUAAUUAAAUAAAUAUGAUUUGAAUGGA